GUUUUAUGUCAACUGAAGGUUAGGGACCACUAGCAGUUAAUCAGAAGCAUAGAAUCCAAAAGCAACUGAAAGUGAUCUACCAUCCUAGAAUCAAUCUUUUUUGAAAAAGUAGAAGUCUACUGGCCUCUGAUUUCUGUAGAUAUGGUGUAUGUAAUGCUUCUUUGGACAUACGAAGGAGAGCAGAAAAGAAUACCAAUAAUAAGUUCAAUAAUUAAGAAUGAUGCCCACUUUUUAUGUGCAUCUUAUUCAUAUGGUUUCAGGCUGAUUUUGAUUUAGCUCUGCUACAUUAUUAUGUAAAACAUCUGCUAAUGAUAAUGUUUCACAAGGCAGACACUGGAAAUGGUAGAACAAUUUGAUCAAAAUGGUUGCAUUUCUGAGGGGCUUCCCAGCAAACAUAGGGCCGCUAACUGCUGAUAAACUCAAAGGCAAAAUCAAGACCACCUCUGAAUCCAAAGAGAAAGCGUAAAAAGUUUAGCUUGUUCUCCAAAGAGAUCCUAGCAUUACUCCCAGAGCCUAAGAAAUCUGUAAAACUUCCAUUGGGAAUUCUUGGUUUGAUGUGAAACUUUCCUGGGAAGUUAAAGGCUGUAUGUUGCAAAAACGUGGCAUAGGGACAGUGGUUGCUUAAACAAGCAUUUGGUUGGACCUAGUCUAAUUAACAAUACAGCCUGAUUCUAGGGAGAAUAAAAGAGUUCCGUCGUGCUAUUUGUCUUUUUUCACCCUGUGGAAAUCUACUUUCUAUGCUCCAUUUCUGGAAACUGACAGAUACCAAAACAGUCUGACAACUGAACUAUUUAUAGUUCUGUCACUAUCCUUCUAAUGUCUCCCCUGCCCAUUUAGUCCAAGGUCGAAGUCUGGACAGGUUCUUCAGGUUUGUUCAGUGUUCCUUUCAUUGUGGCGAUUUGUUUUAAACUUAGGAUUCAUCUCUUCCAGGAACACGGAGUUGCCUGGUGCCUCCUCCAGCCUCUUGGAGAUGGCCAAAUUCUUCCCAAAGGUAACGGGUUAUGGAGUCCAACUGCCGUAAACUUGUAUCGGCUUGCGUCCAGUUAGGGGUGCAGCCUUCGGCGGUCGAAUGUCUCUUCUCCAAAGACUCCGAUAUUAAAAAGGGGGACUUCGGCGAGGCUCCGGAAGGCAGAAAAGAGGCUUCCAGCAGCAAACUCUUCGGCAGGCCCCACCCCAGCGCCAACGAAAAAGAGAAGAGCCAGCCGAGCAAGAAUGAGGAGGCGGGCGCCGAAGAUCCGUCCAAGAAGAAGCGGCAGCGGCGGCAGCGGACUCACUUCACCAGCCAGCAGCUGCAAGAACUGGAGGCCACCUUCCAACGGAACCGCUACCCGGACAUGUCGACGCGGGAGGAGAUCGCCGUCUGGACCAACCUGACCGAGGCCAGAGUCCGGGUUUGGUUCAAGAACCGGCGGGCCAAGUGGCGGAAACGGGAGCGGAACCAGCAGGCGGAACUCUGUAAGAACGGCUUCGGGCCGCAGUUCAACGGGCUGAUGCAGCCCUACGACGACAUGUACCCGGGCUACUCGUACAACAACUGGGCCGCCAAGGGGCUGACCUCCGCCUCGCUCUCCACCAAGAGCUUCCCCUUCUUCAACUCCAUGAACGUCAACCCGCUCUCCUCGCAGAGCAUGUUCUCGCCCCCCAACUCCAUCUCGUCCAUGAGCAUGUCUUCCAGCAUGGUGCCCUCGGCGGUGGCCGGCGUGCCGGGCUCCGGCCUCAACAGCCUCAAUAACUUGAACAACCUGAGCAACCCGUCGCUCAAUUCGGCCGUGCCCACGCCCGCCUGCCCCUAUGCCCCGCCGACCCCUCCCUACGUUUACCGGGACACGUGUAACUCUAGCUUGGCCAGCCUGAGACUCAAAGCCAAGCAGCACUCCAGCUUCGGCUACGCCAGCGUCCAGACCCCGGCCUCCAACCUGAGCGCCUGCCAGUACGCCGUGGACAGGCCGGUGUGAGGUGGAGGAGAAGGACCAGGCCAGCCUCUUCGGCCGGGGCUUCGGGGUGGCUGCUCUCCUGGCUGCGUGGGAAGGAGGGAGGGGGGAGGGAGGGAGGGGGAGGGCGGGGAAGGAGGGCAGGCGAUCGCGCGCGACAGUCGGGAGGGACGGAGGAGGCUCCUUCGCCUCGGCCUCUUGAGGACUGGAGCCUUCGACCCAAAGCAAACGGGCGCUGGGGCGGGUGGGCAGAGAGCGGAAGGAGGAGCGACCGGGCGGCCGAACUGAAUCUACCCAGGCGGAGGGAGAGGCAGAGGAGGGAAAACCCUUGAAAUCUCGGCCUUCCUUGCUUUCCAAAGGGGGCUCUUCUUCGGCUCCUUAAAAUAAAUGGAAAGAGGGUUUUUUUAAAAAAAAAAAAAUUGGGAAAGAAACGUUCCCGACCGAGACAAGGACAUAUAUUAUAAAUAUAUAUAAAAUACGGACAAAACGUUUGACUGGAUAUGGUAUGACAUUUUAAUGUUCCUAUAAGCUUGUUAUUUUUUAUGUUUAGCAUUGUUAACAUUGAAAGGAAAAAAAAUGACGGGAAAGGAUGUAUAUAUAUAUUGAAAUGUCAAAAUUAAUUUUAUAAAAGCAGUUGUUAGUAAUAUCUCCACAGUGUUUUUAAAAAGUUAGGCUUUAAAAUAAAGCAUGUUACACAAGAGAGUAGGGAUUUCUUUUUUCUUUUUCUUUUUUUCCUUUUUUUCCUUUUUUUUCCGCUUGCGAGCAAGGGAAUGUAUAUACUGUACUAAAUGCAACACUGUAUGUUUCUAACAUGUUAUUAAUAUUAUUAUUAUUAAAAAGGAAGUCCCAUUGUGUGAAUAUCAGUUUUAGAAUAGUACCUCUGGUGGAUGCAAUGGUGACUUUUGAAACUUGCAAUGUAAAACAUACCCCGUGUAUAACAUUUCGUAUAAUUAGUGUUUUCCUUUUCAGCAACAUUGGAAAAAAAAAUGUGUUUCAUGGGAGUAAAAUAUACAGCAUACA